AUGGCGCUGAGCAGAGGCUGCCUGGCCCAGCCCCACGGGGAGAGCACUCGGCUGCUGCCCCAGGCAUCCAAGCUGGUGGAGCUGCCCUACUCCUCCUCUGAGGAUGAUGAUGAUGGUGACUCCUUGGCCGGUGGCACAUCCCAGCAGCACCCCAGGGUGUGGUACCCUGUCCCCCCCAAACCAAGCCCCUUCAGCCAGUGUGUGCGCUACUUCGCCUUCCUCUGGAACCUCCUCUUCCUCCUGCUGGGACUGGUGGCCCUGGCCGUGGGGGUGUGGGGGCUGCUGGCCAAGGGCCCCCUGAGUGGGGGGACGUGGGGGACACCGCUGGGCUCAGAUCCGAUGCUGCUGUUCGUGCUGGCAGGGCUGGGGGCCAGUGCCUUGUCCCUGGCUGGUUGCCUCGGUGCCCUCCGUGCCAACCCCUGCCUGCUGCGCUUCUUCCUGGGUGCCCUGCUAGUCUUUGGGGGGCUGGAGGUGCUGGGAGGGCUCCUGUUGCUGCUGGCACGGCGGAGGCUCCGGGAUGCACUCCGGGAUGUGCUGCUGCUCUGCCUCCUGCGCUACCAGGAUGAUCCUGACCUGCAAUUCCUGGUGGAUGAGGUGCAGAGGAACCUCCAGUGCUGUGGGCUCGGAUCCUACCGUGACUGGGAGGCCAAUCCGUACUUCAACUGCAGUGCCCCAGGAGUGCAGGCCUGCAGUGUUCCCUCCUCCUGCUGCCUGGACCCGCUGGAAAAUGCCAACCACGACACCAAUUCCUGCACUUGUUUGGAGGUUUAA